UGACAGCGUCGAUUCGCAGGCGACAGGGCCGAGUAUCUUUCUCUUUUUUGUCUCGCUCGCCGACGACUAAUAACCCCAGUCACGGGACCUUCUCACGGUAAAUCUUCGGAAAAAAGCGCCGUUUUCCUCUACUCAUGCGAAAUGCCGCUGUUGACAAUCGCUUGAGUUUCCAGCAGAGCACGGCAACUCGCUCUCCCCAACCCCAAUCCCCCCACGACUUACAAAAUGAACCAGACGGAUACAAUGGUCAAUGGCGAUCUUUAUCAUCAUGAAGACGUGGAAGCCGAGAGUUUACCAGACAUUUUCAAUGCCAGUUCCGUCGCCGACAUCAAGGCUACCCUCUCCGCCCUCCAUGAUCGCGAAGCGUCCGUGACGGCUCGUCUCGAGGCCCUCGUGGCAUCUCAGAAGGACUUCUCUCGCGAAUUGGGUCGCCUCGAUUUGCUUCGUGCACAUAUCGGUUCGCAGGCAGGCAAUACCCGAGCAAUUAGCCACGGCAUGCUUUCGGAGACUGCCGCCACGGCCCAGCGAGUCUCCAGCGCGGUCCAACGCCUCGACCUAGAACAGUCGCGCGUGAAGGCAACACUGGAAAUGGUCGAGCAGGUGGCGGAGCUUAAAGCGUGCGUGCUCGGUGUCGCUGGGUCGAUGGGAGCCUCUCAGGACUGGGAGAUGGCCGCUUCAUACAUGAAUCGAGCAUCGAAGAUACCUCCUGAGAUCGUCAACGGCGCGUUUGCUGCAGACAUUGUACCUACGACUGAAGUUCCGGACCCUCCUGCCGUUACAUUGGAGAAUGCGGCGGAGUCGUUGUGCGGACUAUUUCUACGUGAGUUUGAUCGCGCUGUCAAGGAGAAUGAUGGUGCGAAGAUUACGCGUUUUUUCAAACUAUUUCCUUUGAUUGAUAGGUCCGCGGUUGGCCUGGACGUUUACGGAAGAUAUGUGUGCCAAGGCGUCGCAAGUCGUGCGCGUGCGAAUUUAAAUACGGGUACCGGCGGUGCCCAGAGCAAAGACGGGUUUUUCUACGCCAACGCGCUCACUAAGCUAUUUGAACACAUCGCACAGAUUGUUGAAGGCCAUGGUGGCCUGGUCGAACGUCAUUAUGGCUCUGGUAAGAUGACCAGGGUCAUUGAGCGGCUACAGGUGGAAGCCGACGUCCAGGGUGGCAUCAUUCUGGAGACUUGGAGUGAAGAGCGACAUGUUGAUCGCAAACUCACCGACAUUAAAUCUUAUGCGUUUACCUUUUUGGUUCAGAGCUUUUUACCGAAUCCGCGGGGCGGUGGCCCUCAACGAGCCAAUUCACCCGGGAUCAGGGAUGGCACAUCUAAUAGGGCCAGCGAGGAUGAGGGCGUUGAUAUGAAGGAGAUUGACGGCAUCCUUAAUGAAAUGUCUCUCAUGCUCGGAAGAUGGUCGCUGUACAGCCGUUUUCUGGCUGAUAAAUGUGGAAAUGAUGACUCGGAGGAGUUCCUACUCCCGAACUUCCUGCUUGAAUCUCCUCUCGCUCAGAAGGUGAAUGAAAGACUUAUCUCGCCAUUUAAUGCGAUGACAACAUUCUUUCUUCGUCGCUCAGUCGAGAAGGCUUUCCAGCUCGACGAAAGUCCGUCGGAUUUAACUCUGAACCUGCACCGGCCUCCUACGUCGAACCCGCCGCACAUAACUUCUGCUGUGGACGACAUCAUGUACAUCGCGAACAAAGUCCUUGAGCAAUCACUGGCCACCGGUCAGAGGUCGGUUGUAACGAAUGUGGUGCCGACGAUAGCGAGAGUGCUAGGUUCAGAUUUCAUCGGCAUGAUCCGACGAAAGAUGCAUGACGAAACCUACCCCAAGCCGGUGGUCCCUGGAGGACCGCCUCCGGAGCCGGUCGUGGUCUCAUUCCUCGUUCUCAUCAACAACCUUGACGUUGCAAUUGACUAUGUCCAGCGUAUCGUGAAGAAGAUCUUAGAGCCAUCGGAUCCAGCAGCCGACUCCGUUUCUGGCGGCCCAGCGAAUGGGGCUUCGGAGAGCAGGAUCCCCACGCUAUUCCCGCUCAACAAUGACGCAGAGACGGUGGUGAGCACACUGCGCUCGCUCGCCUCUUCGUUCGAAUCGAAAUCCCAAGACCUCAUCGGCGAUGGAAUUCAGGUUGUGUUCAACCACGUUGUGAAAACCAGGCUGCGGCCUACCCUUGCGGACGCCUUCCGCGACCUUGAGUAUCAGCCACGCAGCGGCGGCGAUGGAGGAGGAGGAGGCGUAGGCAGUGAGUUCGACGACGGGGAGGCGGGAUCGGCGGAGCUCGACGGCGGCUCUUCGAGUCGGAGCGAGGUCCGCCGCCGCUUUGCGUCUUCCUGGCGGGAGCUUCUGGUGCCGAUCUCGCGGAUCCUGACCGGCCGAACGUUCGAUCGGUUGCUGGGGGUGUCGAUCGCGUCGUUGGCGCGGCUGCUGGAGAAGAGGAUAUGGUCGUAUCACGGGCGCGUGAAUGCCCUGGGCGCCACCCGACUGGAACGGGAUGUCACGGGCAUAAUUUCGGCGGCGGUGGACAUCGGGGAAGGCUACGUGAGUGGGGAUGGCGGUGGUGGGGGAAGCCGGUAUCGACACCGCGAGGCGUUUGGACGCUGCUCACAGAUUGCGAUGGUGAUGGGGCUGGAAGAGGAGGAGUGGGAAGAGAUCGAGCAGAGCGGCGGGGAUGUGGCCGACAAGCUGUCCGUGGAGGAGCGUACAAGGGCGAGGGCGAUGGUGGUAUAAGUAAGGGCAGCUUUCCUAUUGCUUCUAUCUAUUUUAUUUAUUUAUUUAUUUAUUUUUUUUUUCAGAGUAUGCUACGAUCAAAGCCGGUCCUACCAGCAGACGUCCCUCGACCGUAUUUCUCAA